AAAUGCUUGGGACCAGAUAAUACAGGUGUGGCUAGACACACAACGUAGCUUGUUUAUCAAGAAUCGCAAUAAAAGUUGUUUUUGACAUCAGCUGGAAACAUCAGCCGCGAGACUCUGUCCGAGGAAGGACCGACGCCCGACAUGGAAUCGACCGUGUUGAACCUGCACAACCAGUUUCAGAGUCUGCUUGCUCACUCCGAGAUUCUCAUUGAGGGCAUCGAACCACAGUUCAUCCAGAUGGCUCUGAACUUCGAGGACUGCAGGCAGAAGUGGCUCCAGUGUGAUGAGAAGCUUGUGGCAUGCAAGGAGGUGCUGACCAAAACGGAGACUGAGAGGGGGGCUCUGGAGGUCAAGCUGAAGCACGCGCGCAACCAGGUGGACGUGGAGAUCAGACGGCGCCAGCGGGCGGAGUCUGACUAUGAGAAACUGGAGCGUCAGAUCCAGCUGAUCCGGGAUCUGUUGGUGGCGGAUGGUUCCAGCAGCAGCCUCCACCUGAGCGAGGAGCAGCGCUCGGCCCUGGCCUUCCUAAACGCCCAUUCCCAGGCCGCACAGGCCGCCAAGAACAACACCAGCCUUAACACCAGCCGCAGGUUAACCACCAUAGAUGAAUCUGCUUCCUUGUUGUCUGACAUUAGCUAUGACAAAACGGAUGAUUCUCUGGACUCCUCUGUGAUGAGGACGGUGCGACUGAGGAAGCUCCAGAAAAGGCGCUCUCCCAGAAACCUUGCCGAGCCACCCCAGCAGGUGGUGAAGAAACCCCGGUCCAGUGGCCGAACAUCGGAGAGGAUUAAUGACUCCAUAGUGACCAAAACCACCAUCACAGUGCCCGUCAACGGAGGUCCUGUGGAGGCCGUGUCCACCAUCAAGACAGUGCCUGGCUACUGGAUACGCAGCAGGACUGAUCCUCAGGGCUGGGACAGUACCACUACUAUUGACCAAUCAGAGACAGCUAGCGAGGCACCCAGCGUCACCCCAUGCAGUGAGGCUCCACUCCCACUCAAAACACCCAGAGCCAAAGGCGGGGUCCGAAAGCAUGAGUUCCUCGCCAAAACGGUUAUCAAGUCAGAGUUCUGCGUGCCCUGCGGAAGGAAGACCAAGUUUGGAAAGCUCUGCCUGAGGUGCCAGGACUGCAGGAUUGUGGCUCACACCGAGUGCCGUGAUCGCUGCCCCCUGCCGUGCAACCCUGUCUCCACAGGCAGCACACCCGUCAGGACCAGAGAGCCAAGCACCCUUGCAGACUACGCUCCCUCCUCCUCUCCCAUGAUUCCAGCCCUAGUGGUCCACUGUGUCAAAGAGAUCGAACACAGGGGUUUAAAUGAGACGGGUCUGUACCGUGUGUCAGGCGAGGGGCGCACAGUGAAGGAGCUGAAGGAGAGGUUCCUGCGGGGGAGGACUGUGCCGGCCCUGGCCAAGGUGGAUGACAUCCACUGUGUCACGGGCCUCCUCAAGGACUUCCUGAGGAACCUCCCCGAGCCCCUCCUCACCUUCCGCCUCAACCGCGCCUUCAUGGUGGCUGCAGAAAUUCAGGACUAUGACAAAAGCCUGGCGCUGAUCUACCAGACCAUCAGUGAGCUGCCCCAACCCAACAGAGACACUCUGGCCUAUCUAGCCAUCCAUCUGCAGAGGGUGGCCCAGUGUGUACUAGAUACCAAGAUGGACGUCACCAACUUGGCCAGAGUGUUCGGGCCCACCCUGGUAGGCCAUGCCGUCCCAGAACCAGACCCCAUGACCAUCCUGCAGGAUACCAACAGACAACCAAGGGUGAUGGAGCUCUUGUUGGACCUUCCUCAUGAGUACUGGAGCCAGUACACAGUAGAGCAGCAGGCCCACGUAGACAACAUGGUCAAGGGCAAUGCUAACUGUUACAACACUCCUGACCACAAAGUGAGCAUGCUGGGGCCAGUGACCACUCCAGAACACCAGAUGACCAAAACUCCCUCCUCCAGCUCCCUGUCCCAGCGAAUGAAGAAGACCCUGUCAAACACCACCAUAUUUGGAAGCAAGAGCAAGGCAUCUGCUAGCUCAAGUCGCCAAGGAGGCUUUUUUGCCUCCCCUCAGCUGAAGUAGGGGUCAAGCCACAGUAUUUAGGGAAACGAUACACUUUUACUCCAUUUUUUUAAUACUCUUUUUCUUAAGAACCAAUAAUGCAGUAAUGUGGUCAAGGAGAAAAAUCUGUUCUUAACUUUAGCUACUGUAUAGAAGUGGCAGGUAGCCUAGCGGUUAAGAGCGUAGGGCCAGUAACUGAAAGGUUGCUGGUUCGAAUCCACGUGCCAACUAGGUGAAACAUCUGUCGACGUGCCCUUGAGCAAGGCACUUAACACUAAUUGCUCCUGUAUGUCACUCUGGAUAAGAUAAUCUACUUAAGUGUACUGUAUUUCAUAUACUUUUAUAUCACACCCUUUAAACUCUCUUUUAUGAACCAUGCAAUACUUGAUUUAGCUUUAAACUAACUGCUGCUAAUAGCUUUAUGUAACUUUAAACUAAAACUCUCUUUUAAUGAUUUUUUUUUUUGUAAUGCUAUACAAUUUUUAUUUCCACUUUUGUGGAAUAUGUUUGUAGUUGUGAUGACUAGGGCCAGGAGUUUGGGGCACUUUUUGUGGUGUUGUGCUUUAACCAUUUAUUUCCAGCAUUAUCCACUAGGUUUGCUGCACGUAGGAAAUGUUAUUCAGUUGACACAAGCUGUCUCCAAUCAAUGUCGGGUUGUGUGUGUGUGUGUGUUUUGGUGGGAGGAUCGCCUUAGACAUGGGAGCCAUAGUGCUGUGAAUCUUAAUUGCACACCUUUUAUUUGGCAGGGAAUACUAUUUGUAGAUCAUUGAUUCUACACCUCAUUUUUCUCAACUGGAUCGAAUCCUCUCCAAUGGACUCAGAUAUUUUUGCAUUUAUUUUUUAAUUAGGGUCAGUUAAAGGAGGGUCUUUGGCUGCUUUUACACAGGCAGCCCAAUUCUUGUCUUGUUUUCACUAAUUGGUCUUUUGACCAAUCAGAUCAGGUCUUAAAAAAGCUCUGACGUGAUUGGUCAAAAGACCAAUCAGUGGAAAAAAUAUCAGAAUUGGGCUGCCUGUGUAAACACAGACAAUGAAACCAACCAUGGAAGUACAUUGUAAUGAACUUGGGGGGGGGGGGGGGUAGCCGGUGUCAUUGAUUCUCCCCUUUUUUAACUGCCCCUAAUUGAUACAUUUUUAAGCUUUAACUUCCGAGAGUGCUGGAGAGGAUCAGCAUGAGCAAAGUGCGGUGCAGAAUCACUGAUCUACAAAUAGUAUUCCCUGCCAAAUCCGUUUUGUACGAUUUUUAAGAUUAGCAGAGCUACGCCUCCCCCGCCACACACGCACAACCAGACAUUGAUUGAUUUUGAUUGGAAACAGCUUGUGUCAAUUACAGCACAUUUCCUACCCGCAUCAACAUUAGUGGACAAUGCUGGAAAUACCUCAUAAAGGUCCCAAAGAAUUCUGGCCGUUAUGAUGACUGUGUAUGGUCAAAUCUGUCUACUUAUGAAAGUCUAUAUCCACCCAUGUGACUUUGCUGCUUCAAACCAAGGACCUUUGACUUUUCUGUGAAUUGAUCAGUUGACCGUUCACUAUUCAGUACAUGCUGUUGUGUAAUGCAUACACGAUUAGGCUUUAUCUAUUGAUAGUGAGUCUCCUUUUUAUACUGUGAUUGUAAUCACAGAGUUAGGGGAAAAACCACUAACCAGAAAAAAAUAUACUUUUUUUUUUGUCUACAUUUUGUUGCAAUCUUUUGGCGCUUGUCCUGCAACUGUUAAUGUGAUCUACAUUUUGGAAUGCAAUUAUUUGUUUUACUUUGACGUUUUAAUUUGUAUUUUACAGUAAAAUAAUCAUGCUAACCUCAUAAGGUAACACAUAGAAAGGGGAUUAUGUAAACUUUCUAACCAAAGAUGGCAACGAAAACACGAGAAUGGCUCUUACUGGCCAUCUCUGUACGAAUUUGAAUAGGAAUAGUAAGUCAUAUAUGCAUCCUGGCAUCCUUGUGCUCAGAGUAGCUGUAUGUGUACCUUGCCGUUGAAUUCAAGUUUCUAUGUUGUAUUUCAUAUGGCUUCCAAAGAACCUAUAGGAUUCUCUGCCUUCUAAUACAAACUCUCUAACCAAAAAGUGUUGUUAUUGAUACACAAUUAUCAUGCCAAUUGUAAAACUUGAUGGGAAGGAGAUGUUGAAGAUUCCUAUACAAUCACAUGUAUGUAAUGAUUUCCCUUUUGUGUGUGUCACAGUGCACCUUUCAUUUAUUUUCCAACCUGAAGUUUUAUUUGAUCCACAAGGGGGUGCAAUUGCACCAUUUUUGACACCCUCAUAAUGCACUGUUUUAUACAGUAUAAGAAAAAAGGUAGUUUUAAAUGCAUACAAUAGUUGAUCAUGUUAAUAUAACAUUUUGUAGUUGUCAUGACAAUUUAAACGGGGUAAUACACAGCUAACGUAAAGUUUACUUCAUGUCUCAUGCUGCCGGUUGUAUAGAUUCUGGCUAUAUUUUGGGGCGAUGUCUCAAUCCCAAAUUAAAGGAUGAGAUUAGAAACCAGUUAUUUUCUUUAUAUCAACUGUUUUUGAGGAUUGCAAAUAUUUUUGAGGCAAGUUUUUAGGCCACUUGCAAUGAUCAUGACAUGCAAAGUCUAAAUAGUGUGCACUGCAUCCCAUUGAAAUCAAUGUACUUCUGUCAGACCUGAAGUGUAUUCUGG